GAGGAAGCACAGGUAGGGGAAAUGGAAACUACAACAACACUGGCAAUUUCAACAACACUAAUACCUAUAGAGGAAACUCCAACAUUGGCAAUAGAUCAAAUAUGUUUUGUGAAUAUUGCAAACGAACUGGACAUGUCAAAGAUAGGUGCUACAAACUUCAUGGUUAUCCAUCCAACACAAGAAAUCCAAGAGGAAGAGGCAAAGGAUCAGCAGCAAAUGUACAUACUUCUGAAGGUGAUGGCAACAAAUGUGAAGAAAACUUUGAGCAGGGAAAACAAAUGCCAGUGAACCUGUCAAAAGGUCAAUAUGAACAGUUACUCAACUUACUUGGAAAUAUGCAUGGUGGAGCUGAAUCUGAUUACUUAAACAGUGUGUCAAGUGGAGCUGCAAGCUUAGCAGGGCCCUUCUCUGAAGAGCCCUCUGGCACUUGGUAAGACAAGGAAUGGUUUGUAUUUCUUUUGUUCAAAGUGUCACAUUCCAUCUGUAAAUGAUGAUAUUGUUUCUCAUCAAAAAUGUCAAUCUGUUUCUCUUCUUAACUACUGUAAAACACCAUCACCAUCUAGUACAAGACAUCCUCAUAUAAUCAAUAAAGAAACCUGUUCUACUGAUCAUACUU